UAAAGAAUUCACUAUUUUCCCGCUGUUUUUGGCUGAAGUCGUUCUAGGUUAAACAAUUUGAUUUAAAAAUGCAGGCCUUCUUAAAAUCCGGAAAAUUGGGGGAACCAUCCACCAGCAAACAAGUCGACACCAUCAUAUCACACGAAAAACAAUCCAAACCCGUACCAUGGGUAGAAAAAUAUCGUCCAAAAACAGUGGCAGACGUUGUUGAACAAAACGAAGCCGUCACAGUAUUAGAAGAAUGUAUCAAAGGUGCAGAUGUGCCUAAUCUGUUGUUCUAUGGUCCUCCAGGUACUGGUAAAACAAGUACUAUGCUGGCUGCAGCUAAACAACUCUUCGGUGACCUCUACAGACAAAGAAUAUUAGAACUGAAUGCCUCUGAUGAAAGAGGCAUCCAAGUAAUCAGAGACAAAGUAAAAACAUUCUCCCAAUUAACUGCCAGUAGUGUCAGAAAUGAUGGAAAGCCUUGUCCAUCAUUCAAAAUUGUAAUAUUGGAUGAAGCAGACUCUAUGACUUAUGCAGCACAGGCUGCCCUAAGAAGAACCAUGGAAAAGGAGUCAAAAUCAACCAGAUUUUGUCUCAUCUGCAAUUAUGUGUCAAGAAUUAUACCACCACUAACAUCAAGAUGCACCAAAUUCAGAUUUAAACCACUGAAUGAGUCAAUGAUAUUUGAAAGGUUGCAGUACAUUUGUAAACAAGAAGGUGUCAUUUGCUCAGAUGAAUCUCUGAACAAGCUUGUGGAAACUAGUGGUGGAGACAUGAGAAGAGCCAUAACUUGCCUUCAAAGCUGCUCCAAACUGAAGGGCCUUGGUGUACCAAUAUCUGUAGAAAAUAUUACUGAAGUCACAGGAGUUGUUCCUGAUAAACUCUUGCAAGGCUUCUUGGAUGUAUGUGCUGACAGGAACAUAGGAAAACUGCAAGAAUACCUUUCUAAAAUAAUGUUACAAGCAUAUUCUGCUUCACAGAUAUUGGAACAGUUGAAUGAACUUAUAGUAGAGUCUGAUAAAUUUACUGACCCCCAAAAAGCAGUCAUUGGCGAAAAAUUAGGGGUGGUGAGUUUCCGUCUUUUGGAAGGAGGAUCAGAAUAUUUGCAACUGCUGGAUUUAGGAUGUACUAUUAUUAAAGCUCACAAUCUGAGUACAUAAUGUAAUUUUAAGUAUUUUGUAUUAUUUUUUUAUCAUUAAAUAUUUUGUCUUUUUUAA